UGGACAGGAUUUAACACCAGGGACGGAACGUGCAUGUGUUGUGAAACAGCCCGAGACAGACAAGCGCGUAAUUAUCACACAGUUUGUUUUAAUAAGAGUAAAUCAAUAUACAUAUAAUCGUAGACCGCGUGAGCUUGUUUCCGUAGCAGAGCGAACCUCACGAGGCGACAAAUGAUACGAUGGAGAAUUUAGAACUGAGCCUGCCAUCACUGGGUACCAUAUCCAGACAUGUUGACAAAAGUCACAACGAACUGUCCCAAUAUCUAUCAAAACAGAUAUGGAGCCAACAGGACAGGCAGUGUAUUCUGGACUGUGUGUCUCAGCUGCUGCUGGAGAAGGACUAUACUUUACUGAUUGCUCGACAUCUGAGGCCCCUGGUGUUGGACCUUUUGGAGCGAAACGCAGAGAGGGUCAGAGCUGGGGGCCGGAUCAGCCAUGACCUCCACGAGCGCCUGUGUGUGGCCCUCAGCAAACUGCUCGGCAUCAGUCCUGAUGCUCAGGCGUAAGUAACACACUCCUAUUUUCUUUGGUGAACUUCAGAAAUGUCCCUUCUAUUCAGCAGAGCACUCAAAGAUGCUCCGGGUGCUGCAGCUGGACACAUUGCUGGCUUUAAUCAGUAUGGGGCCCAUUGGGUGAAAUUAGAUGAGGGCCCUGAUUGACACCCAUCACUACCACCACUUCUCCCAUGUUUCUAUUUGCCUUUAAGUAAACAGAAUCAUAUUCAACGUGCUAUCACAAUACACAUUUUCAGGGCUUAAGUUUGGAAAAUGCUACAUUUAAACUGUUAUGUUUUCAAGAUUAGGAAUAUACUUGCAUUUGAAUAUACGGUACUCAUAAAAAUAUGUUUAAGUGCUUGAAUUUUCUCUUAAAAAGUUACAUAGCCUGAUUUAAAAAAAAACUAAAAAACAACAGCAAGGUAUCAUAAGUAGUUUAUAUCAUAGAGCAUCAAGAUUAAGAAAUAAGGUGAACAUUUUUU